GAGCCUGCCGCUGCCAUGCCUCCGCGCGCGCUGCCCGCGCUUGGGCCCCGGCCGCCGCCCCGGGCCCCCGCCGCCGCUGCCGACACGGACGCGGACACAGGGGACGCCGGCGGGCUCGGGCUCCGGCCGCUGGCGCCGCGCCCCUGGCGCUGGCUGCUGCUGCUCGCGCUGCCCGCCGCCUGCUCCGCGCCGCCACCGCCGCGCCCCGUCUACACCAACCACUGGGCGGUGCAAGUGCUGGGCGGCCCGGCCGCGGCGGACCGCGUGGCCGCGGCGCACGGCUACCUCAACUUGGGCCAGAUUGGAAACCUGGAAGAUUAUUACCAUUUUUAUCAUAGCAAAACAUUUAAAAGAUCGACCUUGAGUAGCAGAGGCCCUCACACCUUCCUCAGGAUGGACCCCCAGGUGAAAUGGCUCCAACAACAAGAAGUUAAACGCAGGGUGAAGAGACAGGUGCGAAGUGACCCUCAGGCCCUUUAUUUCAACGACCCCAUUUGGUCCAACAUGUGGUACAUGCAUUGUGGCGAUAAGAACAGUCGGUGCCGAUCAGAAAUGAAUGUCCAGGCAGCGUGGAAGCGGGGCUACACGGGCAAAAACGUGGUGGUCACCAUCCUUGAUGAUGGCAUAGAGAGGAAUCACCCCGACCUGGCCCCAAAUUAUGAUUCCUAUGCGAGCUAUGACGUCAAUGGAAACGAUUACGACCCAUCUCCACGAUACGAUGCCAGCAAUGAGAAUAAACACGGUACUCGUUGUGCAGGAGAGGUCGCCGCUUCAGCCAACAACUCUUACUGCAUCGUGGGCAUUGCAUACAACGCAAAAAUAGGAGGCAUCCGCAUGCUGGACGGCGACGUGACUGAUGUGGUGGAGGCCAAGUCGCUGGGCAUCAGACCCAACUACAUCGACAUUUACAGCGCCAGCUGGGGGCCAGACGACGACGGCAAGACAGUGGACGGGCCUGGCCGCCUGGCUAAACAGGCCUUCGAGUAUGGCAUUAAAAAGCAGGGCCGGCAGGGCCUGGGCUCCAUUUUCGUCUGGGCAUCGGGGAACGGUGGCAGAGAGGGAGACCACUGCUCCUGCGACGGCUACACCAACAGCAUCUACACCAUCUCCGUAAGCAGCACAACCGAGAAUGGCUAUAAGCCGUGGUACCUGGAAGAGUGCGCGUCCACACUAGCCACCACCUACAGCAGUGGGGCCUUCUACGAGCGGAAAAUCGUCACCACAGAUCUGCGCCAGCGUUGCACCGAUGGCCACACCGGGACCUCAGUCUCAGCCCCGAUGGUGGCUGGCAUCAUUGCCUUGGCUUUGGAAGCAAACAGCCAGCUGACCUGGAGGGAUGUCCAGCACCUGCUGGUGAAGACGUCCAGGCCGGCCCACCUCAAAGCAAACGACUGGAAGGUGAAUGGUGCUGGUCAUAAAGUCAGCCACCUCUAUGGAUUUGGCUUGGUGGAUGCAGAAGCCCUCGUCAUGGAGGCCAAGAAGUGGACAGCAGUGCCCUCCCAGCACACCUGUGUCGCCGUCACAGACAAGAGGCCCAGGAGCAUCCCCGUGGUGCAGACGCUACGGACCACUGCCCUGAGCACCGCCUGUGCUGACCACUCAGACCAGCGCGUGGGCUACCUUGAGCACGUGGUGGCUCGAAUCUCCAUCUCCCACCCUCGCCGAGGAGACCUGCAGAUCCACCUGAUUUCUCCCUCAGGAACCAAGUCUCAGCUUUUGGCAAAGAGAUUGCUGGAUCAUUCCAAUGAAGGGUUUACAAACUGGGAGUUCAUGACUGUCCACUGCUGGGGAGAGAAGGCCGAGGGGGAAUGGACCUUGGAAAUCCAAGACAUGCCGUCCCAGGUCCGCAACCCAGAGAAGCAAGGGAAAUUGAAAGAAUGGAGCCUUAUCCUGUAUGGCACAGCUGAGCACCCCUACAACACCUUCAGCUCCCAUCAGUCACGCUCCAGGAUGCUGGAACUCUCAUCCCCGGAGCUGGAGCCACCCAAGGCUGCCCUGUCACUGUCCCAGCCCGACAUUCCUGAGGACGAAGAGGACUAUACAGCUCCUUCCUCCCAUGGCUCUCCUAAUAUUUUACAGACCAGUGUGUGCCAUCCGGAGUGUGGUGACAAAGGCUGUGAUGGCCCCAACGCAGACCAGUGCUUGAACUGUGUCCACUUCAGCCUGGGGAGCGUCAAGACGAGCAGGAAGUGCGUGAGCACGUGCCCCUUGGGCUACUUUGGGGACACAGGAGCACGACGCUGUCGCCGCUGCCACAAGGGGUGUGAGACAUGCUCAGGCCGGAGCGCAACCCAAUGCCUGUCUUGCCGCCGAGGGUUCUAUCACCAUCAGGAGAUGAACACCUGUGUGACCCUCUGUCCUGCUGGGUUUUAUGCUGAUGAAAGUCAGAAAAACUGCCUUAAAUGCCACCCAAGCUGUAAAAAAUGUGUUGAUGAGCCAGAGAAAUGUACUGUCUGUAAAGAAGGAUUCAGCCUUGCACGGGGCAGCUGUAUUCCAGACUGUGAGCCGGGCACCUACUUUGACUCUGAGCAGAUCAGGUGUGGGGAAUGCCAUCACACCUGCCAGACCUGUGUAGGGCCCAGCAGAGAAGAAUGUAUUCACUGUGCCACAAACUUCCACUUCCAAGACUGGAGAUGUGUGCCGGCCUGUGGCGAGGGCUUCUACCCAGAGGAGAUGCCGGGCUUGCCCCACAAAGUGUGUCGAAGGUGUGACGAGAGCUGCUUGAGCUGUGAAGGCUCCAGCAGGAACUGCAGCCGAUGUAAGACAGGCUUCACGCAGCUGGGAACCUCUUGCAUCACCAACCACACAUGCAGCAAUGCUGACGAGACUUUCUGCGAGAUGGUAAAGUCCAACCGGCUCUGUGAACGGAAGCUCUUCAUUCAGUUCUGCUGCCGAACGUGCCUCCUGGCCGGGUAGGGGGUGCCCGGCUGCCCGCAGGGUAGGGCCCCUCCCGUCUGUCCAUCCGUCCGUCCAUCCACCUUUCUCCAGACUGCCGGCCGGUUUCAGGGGUGGUACCCGGCAUCUGACAGCUUUAUCUCCCCAGGAGAGCGAGGUCCUUCCGUGGCACCUCUGGGUACCCUGGCCAGGUGGGUGGGGGUCUUUGAGGAGGUACUCCGGAAGCAGUGACAUCUCACACUCAGCUUGCUGGCUGCAUUCUUCUGGCCAGCUCAAAAUGGGGACAGGAUGAAUUCCAAAAAGCCACAGCCCCAGCUUCAGAGCAGCUCCUGGGACCAUAAGUUUACUGAAUCUUCAAGACCAAAGCAGAAAGGGAAAACGCUUGGCAUAACAUCACUCUUCUCCCCGUGCUUUUGUGCCGCUCCAUAGUAAAUCUCACCCACCGGGGUCCACCCGCAGACGCCCAGGCUGUCCCCAUGUGGGAUGAAGGGCCAAGGGGCACACCUGCUCAUCCACCUGCCACGUGGCAGUCUGGGGGGUUGUUUGGUCAGACUGUAAAUAAAACAGAUUUGGGGGCAUAAAAAUGUGUGACCACCGGGGAUGGAGCAUGUAUUUCUGCAUAUUCAGUGACUCCCAAAACCACAGGAUGGCUUAGAAAGUCAAAUCCCAAACAGAUGGGAUGGGGUGACCCUCCUUCUUCUGCAGCCCUCUCCUCUGAGAGAGCCGAGGGCCCGAGUCAUGCGUUCUGUCUGUGUCUCUGGGAGUCUCAUGGUCUGAGAAAUGACACCUACCUGACGCAGGGCCUUCGGAGGCUCCCAGGAGGUUCCCAGGGCUGGCUAAAAGGUGUCCCCAUGACCAAGCAAGUCCUCCUACCAAAAUGUAAAGCCAGCCCGUGAGCUUCAUUGUCUGUCGCGUCCCAUUUUGUGGAAUUGCCUUUAAAAUGCAUUGGCCUCUGCUUUUCGAGAGACUUAUUCCCAAGGCGGAAUCCCCUGUGUCUGUGUGUGCUAUGAGACUAAUGACAUGGUUGGAUUUAUUUCUGCCAGACCUGUGUAGGCAUUUUAUAAGCUACAUGUUCUAAUUUUUACCGAUGUUAAUUAUUUUGACAAAUAUUUCAUAUAUUUUCAUUGAUAUGCACAGAUCUGCUUGAUCUAUUCCCUUUAAGAUGGGAGUAACAUUUGCCUUAAAUUUUUUCGAGCUCCUUCUCCGUAUCGUCCCGCUCCCCUCUUUGACUGUAAUGCAUUUGAUGUUUCCCCGGUCAGCUGGGGAAACCCAGCUGUUGUUGUUUAUUGAAUCCACAACUCCAAAAAAGAAAUCCACAAAGCAAAAUAAAUGUUAACCCUAAAUUAAUAAAAGAGUUAACACCCCAUGACAAA